AUGUUCUUGUUCAGUACAAUCCGCAUUGGUCAGUCAACAUUAGCCAGCAAUGACCUAAACGAGAUCGUUCUUAGAGCUAACCCGCUGCAACCAAAGGUUGUUGACGUUCUCAUGGGCCACAUCAGAUCUCAGUUCACACUCAACACACCCGUAGACCAGUCUAACCAACCUCUCUUCUUCGACACCCAGUUUGUCGCAGACCUCACAAAAAUGUUCCCCAAGUUUUCUAAGUUGUCCAAGAAAGAUACAUUCCGUUUUUCCACCAACAUAACAGAGCGAUUCACCAGUAAUCCACAGGCAGAGCGUUUCUAUUUUCCUUUCAAUCUCGACAAGCUACACUGGGUCGGUGUCUGCGUUGACUCUGCAAGCUGGUCUAUUGUUGUGAUGGACUGCAACAUUGCACUCAGGAAUGACAACUUGAUGUCGAGAGAGCUUAGCCCCAUCGCCGAUAUGUUUCCGUUCCUUCUGAAACUAUGCCGUAAGCAGCUUGUCCACAAAGACGGGAGAGCAUUGUCCAUUGUAAGACCUCGUAGCAUUCUGCAAAACCCAUGUCUUGCUGACUCUGCUGUCUCAGCAGUGCUUCUCAUCCAAGCUCACGCAGUUGCCGGUGUCGACGUUUGCCAAUGUAUCACCCCUGAUGUCAUUGGUAGUGAAGUUGAGAGGCUUUCAGUUAUGUUCUACGAAGCAACAGUUGGAAUGCUGUAACUCUCUGUACCGUCAAUCUCUUAUCUAAUGUUUAU